AUGGCAUCCACAUCCCAUAAAGAGGCAUUUGUAGCAAAGUGGACCGAACCUUUGUCCAAUCUAUUAGUAAGUUUGUUGGUAGAAGAGGUCAAAAAAGGCAAUCGUACCACCUCUACCUACAACAAAGCUGGGUGGAAGAACAUACAUGCAGAAUUCAAUAAACAGACAGGAUUCCCUUACACUCUAGUUCAAGUGAAGAACAGGGUAAACAAACCGAGGAAACUGUACAUGAGUUUCAAGAAGCUUCUUUCUCAGACUGGAUUUGGAUGGGAUAAUGUAAACAAACGGUGGUUGUGGAUGAUCCGAGUGUAUGGGAGACUCAUGUCAAGUGACCGGGCUAAAUUCAAGAAUGAAGGGUUUCCUCAUUAUCCCGAUCUGUGUAUUGUGUUUGGAGAUACACAUGCUACUGGGGAUUAUGUAGCGGGAAAUGCACAAGAUAGGGUGGUAUCGGAGGGAGCCGACAAUGGCGGUGAUGAUAACAUCGGUGAUGCAAUAGGUGAUCCGAAGCAAUUUAAUGAACACCAAGUUGAUGAUGGAGUAUUUACACCUGACGUGGCUGCCACCCUAGUUCAUGAGAAACACAAGUUGGAUAGGACUCCAAAUUCCAAAAGGAGGAGAAAGAGUAACACAUUUGAUGUUAAUACCUGUUGCAAAGCCAUUCACGAUAUGAUCAAAUUCAAGACGAGUCAAUCAACAACAAGUGGCUCCGUCACCUCACAUGCCACAUCACCUGUAGACCCAUACUCCAUAGCAGCAGUGAUUGCUGUCUUAAAUGGCAUGCCCGACUUGGAGCAGAAUCUCUAA